AUGCAUGUAGUGAACCUAAACAGUGUGAACCUAAACAGUGUGAACCUAAACAACGUGAACCUAAACAGAGUGAACCUAAACAGUGUGAACCUAAAUAGUGUGAACCUAAAUAACGUGAACCUAAACAGAGUGAACCUAAACAGUGUGAACCUAAACAGUGUGAACCUAAACAGAGUGAACCUAAACAGAGUGAACCUAAACAGUGUGAACCUAAAUAACGUGAACCUAAACAGUGUGAACCUAAACAGCGUGAACCUAAACAGAGUGAACCUAAACAGUGUGAACCUAAAUAACGUGAACCUAAACAGUGUGAACCUAAACAGUGUGAACCUAAACAACGUGAACCUAAACAGAGUGAACCUAAACAACGUGAACCUAAACAGCGUGAACCUAAACAGAGUGAACCUAAACAGUGUGAACCUAAACAACGUGAAGCUAAACAGCGUGAACCUAAACAGUGUGAACCUAAACAGCGUGAACCUAAACAGUGUGAACCUAAACAGCGUGAACCUAAACAGUGUGAACCUAAACAGAGUGAACCUAAACAGAGUGAACCUAACCAGUGUGAACCUAAACAGCGUGAACCUAAACAGAGUGAACCUAAACAGUGUGAACCUAAACAGUGUGAACCUAAACAGCGUGAACCUAAACAACGUGAACCUAAACAGCGUGAACCUAAACAGCGUGAACCUAAACAGCGUGAACCUAAACAACGUGAACCUAAACAACGUUAACCUAAACAGCGUGAACCUAAACAGCGUGAACCUAAACAGAGUGAACCUAAACAGUGUGAACCUAAACAGCGUGAACCUAAACAGCGUGAACCUAAACAACGUGAACCUAAACAACGUUAACCUAAACAGCGUGAACCUAAACAGUGUGAACCUAAACAACAUGAACCUAAACAACAUGAACCUAAACAGCGUGAACCUAAACAGCGUGAACCUAAACAGCGUGAACCUAACCAGCAUGAACCUAAACAGCGUGAACCUAAACAACGUGAACCUAAACAACGUUAACCUAAACAGCGUGAACCUAAACAGUGUGAACCUAAACAACAUGAACCUAAACAACAUGAACCUAAACAGCGUGAACCUAAACAGCGUGAACCUAAACAGCGUGAACCUAACCAGCAUGAACCUAAACAGCGUGAACCUAACCAGUGUGAACCUAAACAGUGUGAACCUAAACAGCGUGAACCUAAACAGCGUGAACCUAAACAGAGUGAACCUAAACAGUGUGAACCUAAACAGCGUGAACCUAAACAGCGUGAACCUAAACAGUGUGAACCUAAACAACAUGAACCUAAACAGCGUGAACCUAAACAGCGUGAACCUAAACAGCGUGAACCUAACCAGUGUGAACCUAAACAGCGUGAACCUAAACAGCGUGAACCUAAACAGCGUGAACCUAAACAGAGUGAACCUAAACAGUGUGAACCUAAACAGCGUGAACCUAAACAGCGUGAACCUAAACAGUGUGAACCUAAACAACAUGAACCUAAACAGCGUGAACCUAAACAGCGUGAACCUAAACAGCGUGAACCUAACCAGUGUGAACCUAAACAGCGUGAACCUAAACAGCGUGAACCUAACCAGUGUGAAUCUAAACAGCGUGAACCUAAACAACAUGAACCUAAACAGCGUGAAAUUGUUAAAUGCUUCUCAAUAG